AUGGCCCCCCCCAAGACCGCAGAGAAGGCCCCCGCCACUGCCGGCAAGGCCCCCGCAAAGUCGACCGCCGAGAAGAAGGAGCGCAAGCCCAAGGCUGAUGGCGCCAAGGGUCGCAAGAAGUCCCGCUCCGAGACCUACUCUUCUUACAUCUACAAGGUCCUCAAGCAGGUCCACCCCGACACCGGAAUCUCUAACAAGGCCAUGUCUAUCCUCAACUCGUUCGUCAACGAUAUCUUUGAGCGCAUCGCCGGUGAGGCCUCCAAGCUCGCUGCCUACAACAAGCGCUCGACUAUCUCCUCCCGCGAGAUCCAGACCGCUGUCCGCUUGAUCCUCCCCGGUGAGCUCGCCAAGCACGCCGUCUCUGAGGGCACCAAGGCUGUCACCAAGUACACCUCCUCCAAGUAA